UACAUUUUAUCUUGCAGGCAUUGGUAAAAGGUAGAUCUCCUCUGCCAUGGUAAAGUUUGCUGAGGCUGAGAAACGAGGUCGAGGGGGGGAGGGAGGUGACCGACGGUACCCCCCAGUGGUGUUGCUUGAGAGACCAAAGAUGAGCCGUGCAAUGUGGGAGUCCCUGAAGGCUCACAUCAUUAGAGACCGCAAGAGGAAGAAAGAAGAACAAGAAGCAGAUGCAGAAGAAGAGAGACUCCGCAAAGAGCGUGAGAACAGAAAAAAGCAGCAUGCCAUGACGCUGGAAGAGACCAGAGACACAAUUGUGAAGAUGGAGCAAGGUCUUACUGACUUGAAGAACCAAAAGCACCAGCUGUUUCAGGAUCUGAAAGUCGUCUUGAAUGAGGAUGCAACCAGAAAGCGUGCUCAGCAACAACAGAAUUAUCUAAAAGAAAGCGAGAUGAUGGUACCCCCCUACCCCCAUGGAAUUCCGAUGACUGGCCAUCCUCAGAUGUUGUUCCAAUCCAACCUUGUGCCUGGCCGAAGCACAUUGCCGCUCCAUCCAUACAAAGUACCGCAGCCACAACCUCAACCGCUCAUUCCACCUGGUUCUAUGAAGAGAUCACGCACACCAUCUCCUCCUCCACAACCAGGCUACCAACAGAUCCCCUACAACUUCAAGAACCUUUCUGGACAUCCCCCACCAAGUGUACCUGUCUCUCUGCCCACAACCAAGGCUGGAACGGCGAGCAGUGUAUACGUGACAGGUCAAGCGCCUUACUAUCAUGGGUCAUCUCAGGCCCAUAGCAGCUCGAGCCAAUACCAGGCAUCUUCCCAGACUGCAGCAUACCUGCCAUCUGCUGCUCCCCCCCUCACAAACACCCCUGUCCCCUCUCAACCCACACCUCCCCCUUCCCGAGAUGAUAAGCAUCUGCAGCCAGUCUAUAUGCAGAGCAGCAGAGCGACCCAUGUGUCUGCCCUCCACCAGCCCUUAGACCAUAAGGGCAAACCAACUGGGGGGGCCUUCCUACCCCCAGGGGAGGGAGCACAGGAAAAAUACUUCCAGCCCACUGUCAGAUCGCACCUGCCUCUGCAUUCAGGAGUGUUGCCUGUCCAGCAGCCACAUCCAGGGCAGGGUGGGAAGGGAGGCAGUAUCACCUCCGGCUUCCCAGUCCGUACUGCUCCACCAUCUUCCCAGCCCCCCUCUCCUGUGGUGAGCUCUGCUCCCCAUGCCAGCAAGCCUGAUGCCAAACCAAGAUCAUAUAGUAACCAGCAUCCAAACUACACACGUUCAUUCUACUGAAGCACCAUUCAGUGUGAUGAAGUCUCAAGAAAAUGUUCUAAGGGAAAUAAAUGCUUACAAAGGUCUGAAUCUCAUCAAGCAACAGAGCAUUUUUGUCAUUAGGGGUAUCAGUUUCUCAAGAUUUUGUAUCUUUUACUGAUAUCAGUAACUAUGAUAACUACCAAGUUUCCAAUUUUGAAAGUAACAUUUACCAUAUCCAUUGAUGUUAUUACACUUGGCAAUGUAUCAGUACUUAUGAUUAUGUAUAUUUCCUCAGUCAAGGUUUUUGUAAGAUAGAUAGAUAGAUAGAUAUAUAUUACUUAUUUUAAUAUGACAUUGCAGUAUAUUUUUCUUUUCUUUUCUUUUAUUGGUUAAGGGUUAAUGAAUAUAACAUAUAGAGGUUGAGCCUUGAUCUGUACUCUUCUUGAAUCAUCAAGGGAAGAGAUGUACAUGUACUGUACUGAUGAUAUGUUGGGUGUAAGUAGAUCGCAAAUUACAAAUUUCUUUUCCUUGGGGCAUCAUCUUUGUAUUUUAUUUAGGGAAGAGACCACUUUAUGAAUGAGGCAAUUUUUAAAUAAAAAUAUUUUAAAGGAAGUUGAGUAGCAAGUAAUGUUUUUUUCUUUUUCAUCUCACACACAUGAAGUCACUCCCCCCAUUAUUUAUUUAUUUAUUUAUUUAUUUUUUAUACAUUUAAAAAAGUAGGUCCAGCUUUUUAAAUCUAACCUUGACAAACAGAAAUACCAAAUUCGAUGUGGAUGCUACUUGAAUAAGCUGCCUUGCCUUGAUGCACACUGGGUUAAUUAAGUACAAGGUAAGAUUGAGUGAGAAGUAAAUUUGAUAGAAAAAAAAGAUGCAGCAUAUAUAGGUAAAUGUGUUACUCAAGUUUUCUAUAUAGCUUACUCAAAGAUUCUGAAGAAAAAAAAAAUGAUGUGUGUUUACUUUUCCUGUGUAUAUUUAACUUUCAACUGUAACCCUUCAGAUGAGAUUUAUGUUCCAUAUGUGUAUGCCCAUUGGUUAAUGGUUAAUGGGUAUAAAGCAAAAUAAAGUGUUGGACAUCAAA